AUGUUUAUUACAGUAAUCAGAUUUUAUGCUUUUAUUAUCUUUGACCUGUUCUUUCUCUCAUAUGACUUCCCUCAGAGUCGAGAGAAACUACGUUCUAGCCUUCGAGCCUAUUGUCAGCGUCUCGGCCGGUAUCACAUGCCCCUUGCUUGGACAGCAAUCGACCUCUCUAAUUUGAUUGAGGAAGCACUUACUAUCGAUGUAGGAAACGAGGUAGCAUCUGCUGCCGUCACCACAGCUACAUCUGAAAGAGGGCAACGAUACUCUUCCUCACAUUUGCUUACGCCUUCUGUUUUGGUUGGAUCAUUGGAUCUUCGUCCUCUACCACCUCCACCUAUCCGUGGUAUGCUCUUUAAUCAUUGCACCAUCUCCAACUUGGCAUAG